CAGACCGUUACCUGGCACGCUGGCUGCUACCUCCCUCACUCUUGUCAGAGUCGGAGCUACAGGCAGUGCCUUCAGCUCUGAGCUCAGGCAUCCUGGUCCCUGUUUUUGCGGUUAAGGACUCUAAAGUGUUGUGGCGUGUUCAUCAACUUUUUCUCAACCUCCUUGGCUCUACCUCUUCUGCCACAAACGUCAGCAUGGUGGUAUCUGCCGACCCUUUGUCCAGCGAGAGGGUAGAGAUGAACGUCCUAGAAAUCAACCAGGAAUUGUGCUCCCAGCUGGCAGAGAGCAAUCAGCAGUUCCGAGACCUCAAAGAGAAAUUCCUUGUGACUCAAGCUACUGCCUACUCCCUGGCCAACCAGCUGAAGAAACACAAGUGUGAAGAGUACAAAGACAUCAUAGACUCUGUGCUGAGGGAUGAACUGCAGUUCAUGGAGAAGCUGGCAGAGAAGCUCAGGCAAGCUGAGGAGCUCAGGCAAUAUAAAGCCCUGGUUCACUCUCAGGCAAAAGAGCUGACCCAGUUACGGGAGAAGUUACGGGAAGGGAGAGAUGCCUCCCGCUGGCUGAACAAGCAUCUCAAAACCCUCCUCUCUCCUGAUGACCCUGACAAGUCCCAGGGUCAGGACCUCUGAGAGCAGCUGGCUGAGGGGCACAGGCUGGCAGAGCACCUUGUUCACAAGCUGAGCCCAGAAAAUGAUGAAGAUGAAGACGAAGAUGAAGACGACAAAGAUGAAGAGGUUGAGAAAGUACAGGAAUCACCUGCCCCUAGGGAGGUGCAGAAGACUGAAGAAAAGGAAGUCCCUCAGGACUCACUGGAGGAAUGUGCUGUCACUUGUUCAAAUAGUCACAACCCUUCUAACUCCAACCAGCCUCACAGGAGCACCAAAAUCACAUUUGAGGAACAUGAAGUUGACUCAGCUCUGGUUGCAGAGAGUGAACACUCUCAUGAUGAAGAGGAGGAAGAUCUAAACAUUCUCCCAGAAAAUCAAAAUGAUCAUGAGGAAGAGGAGGGGAAACCACCAGUGCCCCCCAGACACCAUGAGAAGUCCAACUCUUACCUGCAUCCUGAAGUCUCUUUCUUGGCAUUGGAUGAACAGAAAGUUUGCUCUGCUCAGGAUGUUGCCAGGGAUGACUCCAAUUCCAAGUGGGAUGAAACCCCACUUGGCUUCCUCGAAAAGCAAAAUGAUCUUGAAGAGGUGAAAGGACAAGAAACAGUUGCUCCCAGGCUCAGCAGAGGACCACUGAGAGUGGACAAGCGUGAAGUCCCCCAGGAGUCACUGGAUGGAUGUUACUUGACUCCUUCCAUCCUUCCUGACCUGACUCAUUCCUACCACCCUUACUGGAGCACUUUGUACUGUUUUGAAGACAAGCAAGUCAGCUUGGCUCUUGUAGACAAAAUUAAAAAGGAUCAAGAGGAGGUAGAAGACCAAGACCCACCAUGCCCCAGGCUCAGCCAGGAGCUGCCAGAGGUGAAGGAGCAGGAAGUCCCAGAGGACUCCGUGAAUGAAGUUUACUUGACUCCCUCAGUUCACCAUGACAUGUCUGACUGCCACCAGCCUUAUAGCAGCACCGUGUCCGCAUUGGAGGAUCAGCUUGCCUGCUUUGCUCUGGAUGUAGCCUCUCCCACCGAGGCAGCCUGUCCCCAAGGGACUUGGAGUGGAGACUUGAGCCACCACCUGUCAGAGGUGCAAGUUUCACAGGCACAGCUGGAACCAAGCACCCUGGUGCCCAAUUGUCUGCGACUACAGCUGGAUCAAGGGUUCCACUAUGGGAAUGGCUUGCCCCAGCGGGGCCUUUCCUCCACCACCUGCAGCUUCUCAGCCAAUGCUGAUUCUGGGAACCAAUGGCCCUUCCAAGGGCUGGUUUUAGAGCCCUCUCUGGGGAUAAAGAACCCUCCCCAGAUGGAAGAUGAUGCACUUGAAGGCUCAGCAAGCAACACACAAGGGCGUCAAGUCAUUGGCCAGAUUCAUGCCUCCCUUGUCCUGAUACUGAAGAUCAUCAAAAGAAGACUCCCGUUCAGCAAGUGGAGACUGGCGUUCAGAUUCCCUGGCCUGCACACUUAGAGUGCAGAGAUACCAAAUAGUGCUGGAAGGAUGCAAAGGAUGAUAGGAUGA